ACUACUCUAUUCUUCUGUCUCCUCUGCCACCUAACUUUCUCCUGGUUUUGCCACCUACCUUCAAAAACUCUGUCUGCGCUCCAACAACUCUUCAUUCAUUCCAUUCAGUCAUGAUUCAUGAAUUCUGCCCAUCUUGUGUUUGUAUAAAAUCCAAUGCGAAACGCAAAUCAAUCUUCACACCUCUCCCCAUAAUUAAACAUCUCAUUCUCUUUCUCUCAUUUUCCUGCUAAGAAUGGCGGCUGUAUCCAACAUUUCCCUGUUCCAUUCCCAACCCCUCCGCCUCCCUCCUCUGCCCCAGCGCCGCCGUAUCCACUCCAUCUCCGCAGCGCAGGCGGCGGGCACCAAGGCUCCUGCAGCGCCGGCGGCGAAACCGGGGAAGUGGAGUGUGGAGAGCUGGAAGAGCAAGAAGGCGCUGCAGCUGCCGGAAUACCCGGACGCGGGCGAGCUGGAGGGCGUGCUCCGGACGCUGGAAUCAAAUCCCCCGCUGGUGUUCGCCGGGGAGGCGAGGAGCUUAGAGGAGAAGCUUGGGGAGGCCGCGUUUGGCAGAGCUUUCCUCUUGCAAGGCGGGGAUUGCGCCGAGAGCUUCAAGGAGUUCAAUGCCGUCAAUAUUCGCGAUACUUUCAGGGUCCUUCUUCAAAUGGGCGUUGUUCUUAUGUUUGGCGGUCAGAUGCCUGUCAUCAAGGUGGGGAGAAUGGCGGGUCAGUUCGCAAAACCAAGAUCGGAUCCGUUUGAAGAGAAGGAUGGAGUGAAGCUGCCGAGUUACAAGGGAGACAAUAUCAAUGGCGAUUCAUUUGAUGAGAAAUCAAGAACUCCAGACCCCCAGAGGCUCAUAAGGGCUUACAUGCAAUCUGCUGCCACCCUUAACCUUCUCAGGUCCUUCGCUACUGGAGGUUAUGCUGCAAUGCAGAGGGUGACUGGAUGGAAUCUUGAUUUUGUGGAGCACAGUGAGCAGGGAGAUAGGUAUGAAGAACUAGCUCACAGGGUUGAUGAAGCCUUGGGCUUCAUGUCUGCAGCAGGGCUGACUCUAGAUCACCCUCUCAUGGCCUCCACGGAAUUCUGGACAUCCCACGAGUGCUUGUUGCUACCUUACGAGCAAGCGCUUACCAGACUGGACUCAACUUCCGGCCACUACUACGACUGCUCAGCUCACAUGGUUUGGGUUGGGGAGCGUACUCGGCAGCUAGAUGGCGCUCAUGUUGAGUUUCUGAGAGGAGUUGCCAAUCCGCUGGGCAUAAAGGUUAGCCAAAAGAUGGACCCGAAUGAGCUGGUUAAUCUGAUUGAGAUCCUCAAUCCGAAUAACAAGCCUGGGAGAAUCACGGUGAUAGUGAGAAUGGGCGCGGAGAAUAUGAGAGUGAAGCUUCCGCAUCUCAUCAACGCUACACGCAGAGCUGGGCAGAUCGUGACUUGGGUGUGUGACCCAAUGCAUGGAAACACCAUCAAGGCGCCGUGCGGACUCAAAACACGCCCUUUUGAUGCAAUAUUGGCUGAGGUUCGAGCUUUCUUUGAUGUUCACGACCAAGAAGGGAGCCAUGCGGGAGGCAUUCAUUUGGAAAUGACAGGCCAAAAUGUGACAGAGUGCAUCGGUGGUUCACGAACUGUGACUUUCGACGAUUUGAGCUCUCGCUACCACACCCAUUGCGAUCCAAGACUCAAUGCAUCUCAGUCCCUCGACCUUUCCUUCAUUGUAGCUGAGCGGCUAAGGAAAAAGAGGAUGCUUUCUCAACGCUUAUAACACAACCAAAAAUAAUACUCUUUAGUAUUUCAGCACCCAAUGAUUCGAAAAUGUGAUGAAUGUCUAAAUAAAUAAAGUCACGCCUUCCCUACGGUUGUUAAUGUUAACUCCGGAACCUUGAUGGCACAAACUUCUUAUAA